AUGCCCGUCUCCAAUGGCGACGCGCCUUCGCGCCCCUCGUCGAAAGCCCGCGUCCCGGCUACCCUGGCCCAGUCCAAUGCAGUGAUUCACACCGAGAUCCGUCGUGCCCAGGGCGACCGUCGCAAUUUUUUACUCGCGCAGGCACCCAUGUUCAAACAUUUCAUCGGUGAAGACGACGACUCCGAUACUGCCGCAAAGCCUUCUGCCAAGCACCGUCAAAUGUGA